GCGUCCGCCCAGCGCUAGCUCUGCGUCCUGACCGGCCCCUGGCUGCCCGCUGCACUGCCAUGGCCACCUCCCCGCAGAAGUCGCCCUCUGCCCCCAAGUCUCCCACUCCCAAGUCGCCCCCGUCCAGAAAGAAAGAUGACUCCUUCUUGGGGAAACUCGGAGGGACUCUGGCCCGGAGAAAGAAAGCCAAAGAGGUUUCAGAGCUUCAGGAGGAAGGGAUGAACGCCAUCAACCUGCCCCUCAGCCCAAUUCCCUUCGAGCUGGACCCUGAGGACACGAUGCUCGAGGAGAAUGAAGUUCGAACAAUGGUGGAUCCAAACUCACGCAGUGACCCCAAACUGCAAGAGCUGAUGAAGGUUUUAAUUGACUGGAUUAAUGAUGUGCUGGUUGGAGAAAGAAUCAUUGUGAAAGACCUGGCUGAAGAUUUAUAUGAUGGACAAGUACUGCAGAAGCUUUUUGAGAAACUUGAGAGCGAGAAGCUGAACGUUGCCGAGGUCACCCAGUCGGAGAUUGCUCAGAAGCAAAAACUGCAGACCGUCCUGGAGAAGAUCAACGAAACCCUGAAACUGCCUCCCAGGAGCAUCAAGUGGAAUGUGGACUCUGUUCAUGCCAAAAGCCUGGUAGCCAUCUUGCAUCUGCUAGUUGCUCUGUCCCAGUAUUUCCGGGCACCAAUCCGGCUCCCAGACCAUGUUUCCAUCCAAGUGGUUGUGGUCCAGAAACGAGAAGGAAUCCUCCAGUCUCGGCAAAUCCAAGAGGAAAUAACUGGUAACACAGAGGCUCUUUCCGGGAGGCAUGAACGCGAUGCCUUCGACACGCUGUUCGACCAUGCACCAGACAAACUCAAUGUGGUAAAAAAGACACUCAUCACUUUCGUGAACAAGCAUCUGAAUAAACUGAACCUGGAAGUCACAGAACUGGAAACCCAGUUUGCAGAUGGCGUGUACCUGGUGCUGCUCAUGGGGCUCCUGGAGGGCUACUUUGUGCCCCUGCACAGCUUCUUCCUGACCCCAGACAGCUUUGAACAGAAGGUCUUGAACGUCUCCUUUGCCUUUGAGCUCAUGCAAGAUGGAGGAUUAGAAAAGCCAAAACCACGGCCCGAAGACAUUGUCAACUGUGACCUGAAGUCCACACUGCGAGUGCUGUACAACCUCUUCACCAAGUACCGGAAUGUGGAGUGAGGGGCCGCCCUGGGCUCCCCACUGCCCAGAAGUUCUUGCUGCGGGCAGACUGGACCGUCCUCCAAACCAUCUUAACCUGCUUAUUCCUGUUUCCUAUUGUGUGCACUCCCACAAGUCCACCUACAACCCAGUGAUACUGGGAAUUGAAAUUAGGAAGGAAAUGAUCAAUAACUCAGUGGGCUAGCCAGACCUCCCAGAGCCUGGGGAGUGACCCAGCAGUGGCUUGGGAAGGUUGUUCCCUUCCUAGUGCCAGGUCCAGAUUUCCUUCAGUAUGGUUUGAGAGCUAGCUUUGGCAAAAGAGAGAUGCCAGAGAAUAGUUACCAUUUAAUGGGUAUAACUGUGUGCUGGGCACCGCACUAGUUGCUCUGAUGUGCUCUAGCUCACUUACUCCUCAUGACUGCCAUUGAAGUGGGUGUUAUAGGCCCCUUUUACAGACAAGGAACCUGAGGCUCAGAGAGGUUCAGUAACUUACCAGAAGCUUAGAUUUGCUUUUCCUCUUUGAACAACAUGUUUGUUAAUAAGUAGCCAGUUACUUCCCAUGCUUGGUGCAUUGUAAAGUUUUGUGUAAAGUGUGUGUGUAUGUGUGUGUGCAUGUGUGUGCGCAUGCGUGUGAGUCCUCAGAGAAGAUGCAAGCCCACGGAUCUCACCACCGGGGCAGGCAAGACCAGGGCUUAGUGAUUCACGCUGAAAUUGGCAAAUCUAAUUUAACCCUAUUAAUAGUAUGUGUGUGGCAGGAGUCAUGUCCCUCAAAUCCUUUGUGCAAAUGAAAAUUACUCUUAAUUCCUUCAGAUUUGUAAUAACCCAUAUUCUGAUUUCAGGGUGACAUUUGGGAAGGAUUCUGUUUAGAAUUAAUGGAGUGGUACAUUUUGCAACCUUUUUGCUUGAUUGCAUGUAAUGGAAAUGCCCUAUAUUUUCCUACAAAAUAAGUACUCAAUUCAUUAUCGUUAGGCAAAUGUACAGUCUAUUCAGGCAGGCAGAGAGCUGGGCACAGGCCCAUGUGAGCAUCACUUGGGAAGUAGGGCUCUUCAGCAGGGACCCUUGAACUUUAAAGAAAGGAACUCCUUUUUGCCUUCUAAUUGAUCAUUUAGACCAUUUCUGGCUAAGUCUGCCCACAUGCAAUUACCGGCUAAUUCAGGCAAGGAAAAAUGUAAGUCAUUUAGACCAAAGUCAAGCAGCUUCCUUGCAUGGGUUACUCGAGGGGUUGUGGUUACUUGUAUCUCCUCUUCAUGAACCCAACUUUGAAAUGUAGGGCUGUGGUUAUCCCAGGCUACUGGGUCCUAUAGGCAUAGGAAAGGGGUUGAAGAGGGUAGUUAGGGGGACAGGAAGUGUGGGGAAGUAUUUACACACAUAACAUAUAAGGGGUCACUCUCAGAGACAGACAGAUGGGGUUUGUGGUGAUUAUAAUUUGUACCCUUAAAUUGACCAAGGCCUUGGAAUAAAUAAUCACUCGUGCUAAAGGUCUCUGGGUGCUGCAAAUGGGUUGCUCUCGGCUGGUAACCGAAAGGUUGGCUGUUAGAAGCCACCCAGUGACACCAUGGGAGAAAGUUCUGGCAGUCUGCUUCCAUAAAGAUUACAACCAAGAAAACCCUGUGGAGCAGUUCUACUCCGUAACACAUGGGGUCACCAUGAGUCGUCAUUAACUCGACGACACACAAGAGUUGACAUUAUAUCUUCAUUAUAGAAUUUUCAUAAAUAUACCAGAUAGAUAUCAGCCUGUGGACCGUCUUCCAUCUGUUUUCCGCUGGAGGCCUGUGCCUGCCUUGUCACCACUUUAGGCCCAUUGCACAAAGCCCGUCCCUAGUUUGCAUUUGAGGAAUUCAUUGUGAUCUCUAUCUACACCAGCCAAAGUUAGGCCUCUGGCAUUGUCCAAAACAUUCCAUUCAGCUCUCUCAUCAUUCUUACAGUCUAUCUGCAGUAACUCAGAGCCCGUAAAACUUAAACUACACAUUUCUUUGGAUAUUUUGUGCUAAGAGAGAAUUGUUACUCAGUUGCCAUAAUGAGCAUUGAAAAUGUAAAGGCAGUCUAUUCUCUUGUGUCUGUUUAUGUAAAAGAACACAAUUCUUUAUUUACAUAAUUAGUGAAUAUUAUGUUUUUCUUAAUGAAACACUAAGCAGCAUAGUAUUUCCAUUUGCUCUCUUUUAAAUUCCUGAUAGCAAAUCAAGAUUAAUAAUUGCUUUGUCUCCUUGAGCAAUACUAAAGCAGUAUGAAAUAAGAGAAAUGCAUUCAUUUAAACAUGCUUUGCUAGAAGAA